GGCAUGCAUUGCCCGGGAUCAGUCAAGUCCGGCGCCAAGCGCGGGUCUGGAGCGGCCUUCCCAUAGUCCUUUGCGCGGCACUUGGCGACAAAAUGGCUGCCCGAGGGAGACGGGCGGAGCCUCCCGGUCGGGAGGCGCCGGGCCCCGCGGCGGGCGGCGGCGGCGGGAGCCGAUGGGCUGAGUCGGGGCCCGGGACAUCGCCCGAGAGCGGGGACGAGGAAUUGUCGAGCCCAGUGUCGUGCGGCGUGAACUUGUUCGCCAACGACGGCAGCUUCCUCGAGUCGCGUGUGCUCCUCUCUGAUUGCUGCGCAGGUCGGCCGGCUGGUGGAGCUGGGCGCGGCGUCGGGACGGGCCACCGGGCCGGGCUAGGAAGGUGUAGUGGGCCUCAGCGCCGCCAAGGGCGGGCCCCGGCUCCUGUAACCGUUGCAGUCUUCUGUCCCUUCACCCAGGUGGGCAAGCGCAGAGGCGGGAACAAACUAGCCCUCAAGACGGGAAUAGUAGCGAAGAAGCAGAAGACGGAGGAUGAGGUAUUAACAAGUAAAGGUGACGCAUGGGCCAAGUACAUGGCAGAGGUGAAAAAGUACAAAGCCCACCAAUGCGGUGACGAUGAUAAAACUCGGCCCCUGGUGAAAUGACCCCCUUUCCCCGCCUGCCCACGGCCUGGGACUCUGCGAUGUACAUAACUAUUUAAUGUGGCGGCAGCGGCGGCAGCCUUUCCCCCUAAGGACUUACAAACAGAAGGAAACCGAGAUGCUUCCCGCAGCCGCGGAUGAUCCUCCAGGACUCUUUUUUACCUUGAGCACUUGCCUCUUGAGACUUCAUAGAACAGUGGUUUACUGUCCCCUUUCCCCACCUCCUUGCUCUCUCUGGCUCUUUCUGUCUUUCUCUUCUCGCCCUCCCCACCCUCCUCCCCUUAGCCAUCACUUCUGGGAAGUAAAGAACUUGAUUUAGUGCUGUA